AUGGCAACCAAGGAACCCGAGCACGAGCACAGAGACGAGGAAGAGGCCGGAACUAACGAGGAUGAGGACACCGGAGCUCAGGUCGCUCCGAUCGUUAGGCUCGAGGAGGUUGCUGUCACUACCGGUGAGGAAGACGAAGACGCCGUCCUAGAUCUGAAAUCGAAGCUGUAUAGGUUCGACAAGGAUGCGAGUCAGUGGAAGGAGAGAGGUGCUGGUACUGUCAAGCUCUUAAAACAUAAGACUAGCGGGAAGAUUCGUCUCGUUAUGAGGCAAUCGAAAACUCUGAAGAUCUGUGCUAAUCACUUCGUGAAACCGGGCAUGACUGUUCAGGAACACGUUGGAAAUGAAAAGUCUUGUGUAUGGAACGCUAGUGACUAUGCCGAUGGGGAACUUAAGGAUGAGCUUUUCUGCAUCCGAUUUGCUACAAUUGAGAAUUGCAAAAUAUUUAUGGAAAAAUUCAACGAAGCUGGUGAAUCUGUGAAAGAAAAAGAAGAGAGCAAAAAAGCUUCUGAAACCGCUGGUCUUCUUGAGAAGUUGAGCGUCGAAGAGACGAAAACAGAGGAGAAGCCUGUGGAGAAGGUCAAGACUGAAGUGGAAGCAGAGGAAAAGAAAAAGAGCGAGGCAGAGAAAGUUGAUGAAGAAAAGAAAACCGAAGAAACUGGUUCCUCAACUUAA